AUGCCGCAGCAGGGCUCUGCCUGCGGAACGGUGGUUGCUCGGCAACUGCCUCACCGGUCUCUAAGCCUGCUCCUCCGGAGCGCCAUGGUCUUUGUGCCAAGGGUGAUGGUUCCCUCCAGCACGUUAACACGGGCUCCCCAGCGUGUCAGCAGGUCCAGGCUGAUGAUGCACGGGUUCUGGAUGCUGGUGAGCCAGAACUCGUGCGCCAGCUCCUGGUCUCCAGCCUGGACUCACAGUGACUUCUUCCCUCUCGUGCCGGCCUUCUCCCCUGUCACAGUCAUCAGACGGGUGUUGGUUCGUGACCAUGCCACUGCGAAGGGGCCGGGGGUGACCGGGAGGACGCCAGGUUGCACCAGGGAAAUGGGUAUUACAGAGAGCUUCGGAGCAGCGAUUUACACCUUGAACGCCACCCACUUGACAGAUGGAGUGAUUUACAGAAGCAAACGUAUGAUGCUGGACACGCUCGGCGUUGGACUGCUGGGAACCAAGACGGCUGUCUUCAACAAAGUCCUCCAGUACAGCCAGAGGCAUUUCUCAGACCAGGAGACUGGCGUUUGGGGCAGAUCAGCGAUAACUCUUCCUUCUCAGUAUGCUGCCUUUGUUAACGGUGUAGCGGUACACUCUAUGGAUUUUGAUGACACCUGGCACCCUGCUACUCACCCUUCCGGGGCAGUUCUUCCUGCCCUGCUGGCCCUGGCUGAGGCCAUGCCCAGUCAGCCCUCUGGUCUGGACCUGCUGCUGGCCUUCAAUGUUGGCAUCGAGGUGCAAGGCAGACUACUGAGGUUCUCCAAAGAAGCCUACGACAUCCCUAAAAGAUUCCACCCACCCACUGUCGUAGGUGUGAUGGGCAGCGCUGCGGCCUCAGCCAAACUCCUUCGUCUGUCCCCGUCCCAGUGUAUCCACGCUCUGGCCAUCGCAGCCUCUUCCGCUGGAUCUCCCUUGGCUAGCGCAGGUACCCAGACCAAACCUCUUCACAUCGGGAAUGCCGCUCGGAGAGGUCUGGAGUCGGCCCAGCUGGCCUGGAUGGGCCUGGAGGGGAAUCCUGAUAUCCUGGAUCUGGAUUCUGGGUUUGGAGUUUUCUACACAGACUAUGGUCCUUCAGCCAUGGCUGACUCUGCCACAGCUGGAUUCAGAUGGUUGCUGGAGGAUCAAGCCGUGGCCACCAAACGCUUCCCAGCCCAUUUGGGAAUGCACUGGGUGGUGGACGCUGCACUGACUGCCAGAAGAAAGCUAGAAAAUGAAGUUGGGAGCUUCGACGCUGGUCAGAUCAGCAGGGUGUUGCUCCGUGUGCCUCCAACUAAGUACAUUAACUGCCCCAUUCCAGCCACAGAACACCAGGCCAGGCACUCAUUUCAGUUUAACGCCUGUUCAGCGCUGCUGGAUAACCAGGUGACGGUGGGCUCCUUCCAUGAAGCUCAGAUACAAAGGCCCGCACUUAAGGAGCUCCUUUCCAAAGUGGAGGUGGAGAGCCCCGAGGACAACCAUCCCAGCUUCGACCGGAUGUAUUGUGAGGUUGUGAUAAAGACGAAACAGGGGCAAAGUUAUGCAGCCAGGUGUAAUACCUUUUAUGGCCACUGGAGGAAGCCGCUGAGCCACACCGACCUGGUGGGGAAGUUCAGGGCCAACGCCUCUGCUGCACUGUCCUCAGAGGGUGUGGAAGGGGUUCUUGAUGUUAUCAAAGACAUGGAGACAACGAGAGAUUGCUCUCGUCUUUUUUCUUAUCUGAAAAUGACAAGUGAACCAAAAGAGUAAUGUACAGUGCUCCUUAUUUGACAUUAUACCAAGCAUUUUGUAAAUGAAUUUUAUGAGGGCUUCUUUGGCAAAUGUCCCUUCUGCGCAAAUGUUUAAUGGGUCAUGUACUUGCAAUAAUUAGCAUUUCCACAAGAA